AUGGCACCAAAGCUGGAACAGUUAGGCCCUUGUACUUCAAAUGGUAAUCAAAAUAAUGAAAAUACGGAUGAUGCAGCAGCCGCAGAAGUUUUGCCGGGCAUUCUGUACGAACCGUACAAUUUUCGUCACUAUACACCAACCCUUUAUCUUGGCAAGGGAGGUUUUGCACGUUGUUAUGCAGCAAAGGACUCAUCGUCUGCAGUGGAAGUGGCGUUGAAAAUUGUUCCGAAAAGUCGUCUCACUAGGCAUUCACAACUGGAAAAGAUGCGCAAAGAGAUAGCGAUCCACGAGUCAUUGAACCAUCCAAAUGUGGUCAAGUUUUUGAGCUGUUUCGAAGAUAAUAUCAAUGUCUAUAUGGUUCUUGAACUUUGUCACAAUGGAACCCUCCUUUGUCGCAUCCAAAAUGCACCUGGAGGACGACUGAGGGAUCACAGUACCCGGAUGUAUUUACCACAAAUUGUUGAUGCUGUCACAUAUCUACACGAACAAAUUGGCAUUUUGCAUCGUGACCUGAAACCUGGUAAUGUUCUUCUUUGCAAUAAUGAUCAGGUGAAAUUGGCAGAUUUCGGAUUGGCUUUGAAAUUAAGCGACUUACCACAUUCCUCGUUAAAUGUUUGCGGAACACCAAAUUAUCUUUCGCCGCAGGUACUUAGACGAGAAGGUCAUUCGAAAGAAUCGGAAGCUUGGUCUAUUGGUUGUAUACUGUAUUGUAUGUUGAUCGGUAAGCCACCAUUUGAGGCUGAUACAUUAGAAAAGACUUAUGUCAAAAUAGCAUCAUGCGACUAUUCAUUUCCGCUUAAACCGAAAAUUUGCACUUCUGCAGAGGAUCUCAUUUCAAAGUUGCUCAUUCCGGAUGCAAUGGUUCGAAUGAAAAUAAGUGAUGUCAAGUAUCAUCCAUACUUAAGCAACAAGAAUAUUGCGGAAAUACAAGAACCAUACUCGGUAAAAACGAAAGGAAAUAACAUAUUCCACUUAUCUAGGACAACAAAUUUUGAUCAAGGCUUUGGAGGAGGCUGCAGCAUUGCUGAUUCUGGAAUUGGCUCCGAUGGGUGCUUAAAUGCUCGGCCACGAUCACUUUCUGACUGUAAAGCUUUGUACAAACAAUUGCUACUGGGCUGCUACACUGUAUCAGAUGAAGCACCCCGUCUGUCAGAUUUCCAAUUGAAUAUGGUGAGCAAAUGGGUGGAUUAUACCAAUAAAUACGGUUUUGGCUGUGUUCUUAGCGAUGGUACCCACUGCACUCUGUUUGUCGAUAAUUCUUCUGUUUCCCGCAGGCAUGCUAUAGAAAAAGAAGCUGAGCGGUAUUUGAUGAUAUCUGAUAUAGACCAGGAUCCCUGGACUUUCGUGGAAUGGACUACUCUGGAUACUAUCAGUGAUCAACGAUUGGCAAAAAAAAUCCAUGUUGUGGAACUUUUCAGUGAUUAUAUGGAUAAGGAACUUCAGCCUGUGUUUGAGCACAGCUGUAUUCGCCAACAGCUAGAUGCCUUGGUCUAUCAAAAACGACAUAAUGGAGUAUUAGUAAUGUUUCUCGCUUUGGGAACUAUUCAGAUUAAUUUCCUGGAAUCACACGAGAAAUUGGUUAUUAGUCGAGAUGAACAUGGUCGUUUACUGCUCACGGUAAUCAAACGAUGCGUCGGUUUCCGUACAUAUCAGCUACUUCCUUAUGCUUCAACACUUACUCGCCCAGACUGUCAAAAAGUUCAACAGCUACUGAAUAAGGCUUGUCAGCUUCUGGAAGGCGAGAAAGCACUAUUACAACGAACUUACUGUGCUACCCAGUGUUAACUGCAAUUUUCUAAAAUCAUAAUCAAGAUAGUCUUCGGUCACACAU